GUGUUUCUAUUGCUGAGAGAUGAGUAUAUAUGAAGACUAUGAGAAGAGGGCAGCUGUGUAUGAUAAACACAGGGUUGCUGCAGGGGCUGACACACUCAUUGGAAUCUUACUUGGACAGACCAGGAAACCAUUGUCACAGCUUCAUGUGUUAGAUGCAGGAUGUGGCACUGGGAACUACAGUCUUGCCCUGUUGAAGGAAGGACUGGGGCAUGUAACACUCUUGGACGCAUCUGAGGGAAUGCUGCAUGUUGCAAAAAAGAAACUUAAAACGUUCAUUGAAGAUGGCAGGGCAGAGGUCAAACGCGGUGUCAUGCCAGAUCUAGACUUCCCCGAUGAUACAUUUGAUGCUAUUAUGUUUAACCAAACACUUCAUCACGUAGAGAACUCACCAAACUCCGAGGGAGAAUAUCUAAAGAUCUAUAAAACGUUACAAAGAGCAAAGCAGAUUUUGAAAUACGGAGGAGUGAUAAUUUUCAAUACUUCAACACCGUGUCAGAUUAGAAACACCUUUACAUGGCUACCGACUGAGGAAUAUCAGAAUAUAGAAAUUAAAGUUAUGGGGAUUAACCCUGAUAAGUUCAAGCAAUAUUUACAGAAAAUUGGCAUGGAGAAGAUUGAGUUUGUGAUACCUGCAACAGCUACCCUCUGGAACAAGGGGACACUUAGAGAUCUAGAUGGACCAUUGAAGCAGGAUGUCAGGGACACCAUGUCUACGUUUGCAAAUCUUGAAAGGUUGGGCCUUUUGGAGAAAUAUCUGGAGGACUACAAAACAUUUCGAAAGUCAAUCAAAAGUGAUGAUGAGUUCUUGAAAGAAGAAGAAAUAUCUCGUCAGAAUUAUGGACAGAUACUGUUCAUUUAUGGAUGUUAAUCUUUAUUUGUCCAUUAUUGCUUGUUGCCACGUUAUCAGAUUAUUUAGAGAAACAUUUUUGCUCAUUCUCUUUUCUAUGGGGAAUGCUUGAUUUACUUGAUUAUGUAACAUUUUGAAAUAAAAUUCUUAAAAAAUCAUCAUUUAGGUGUGAUGAUUAUAUUUAAUACUGACAUCAAAUUUUUUUGUCAGAUGUUUGAAUAUUAAUGGUAAAUUGUUCAUUUUUCAGAUGCGAGUAGGUAGUUACCAGUUUCGGCACCAGGUGGCUGAUUCGGG